CUUCUAGGGCGCAGCGGCUGCGGCGAGAUUGAAAUUUUCUGUGACCUUUGGUUUGAACUUCGCUAACUACUUCUAUCUAAUAAAAUAUAAUUAAGGAGCAUGCAAUGGAAGCAAAAUCCUUUGGAUAAAGUGAAGUUUAUUCGGCUUUGCUUAUACGAUCUUUUCAUUGGGAUAUCCCGUUCGUUCUCUAAUCAAUGCGCCGCAAACCAAGAAUUUCCUACAGCCAAGAUCGUAGAUCAAUUCGCACUCGUCCACUCUCCCCCGUCAAAGCAGCCAUGGACCGAGACAUGUGAGGCCACAUCAUUCCUCGAUUUCCAAUUCCCAUUUACAGCCUUUCAUACAAGCUUCAGAGAGAGAGAGAGAGAGAGAAGAUGUGUAUAGCUGCAUGGAUUUGGCAAGCUCACCCUGUCUACGAGCUUCUUCUGCUAUUGAACAGAGAUGAAUACCAUAACAGGCCUGCAAAGCCAUUAGGAUGGUGGGAGUGGGAGGAGGAUAAUAAGAAGAUAUUGGGAGGAAGAGAUGAGCUGGCCGGGGGUACAUGGCUGGGAUGCACAGAGGAGGGGAGGCUGGCUUUUCUGACAAAUGUAAGGGAGCCUGACCGGCUCCCCGAUGCAAGGACCAGAGGAGACUUGCCACUUAGGUUCUUGAAGGUACUUUAUGUCAACAUGGGUAAAAUACUUCACACGUGUUGUUUUGCUUGUGGCUCUUCUGAUAAUCUGAUUUUCAUUUGUCAUUUUGUUUACUUAAAGGGCACAAAGAGCCCUUUGGAAUAUGCAGAGGAAAUAGUUGAGGAAGCAGACCAGUACAAUGGAUUUAAUCUGAUAUUGACUGAUCUUUGCUCCAAAGUCAUGGUUUACAUCUCCAACAGGCCAAAGGGAGAACCUAUUUCUGUUCAAACAGUUCCUUCUGGUCUUCAUGUGAUUUCAAAUGGAAAGUUGGAUGCUCCUUGGCCCAAGGCCCAGCGCUUGGGUAAGAAUUUCGACGAAUUUCUCAGGGAGCAUGGCAAGAAAGACAUCUCAUUGAAAGGAAUGGUUGAAGAACUGAUGGGAGACAAUGUGAAAGCUAAUCGUGAUGAGCUUCCGGACACUGGUGUUAACCCCGAGUGGGAAUUCGAGUUAAGUUCUAUCUUUAUCGACACUGACACUAAAUUGGGACGCUAUGGAACUAGAAGCAUGGCUGCCAUAUCAGUUAAAACAAAUGGCGAUUCAAUCUUCUAUGAGAAGCACCUCGAGAGCAGCUUGUGGAAGGAAAACAAUGUAAAAUUCCAUGUUAAAAAGUUGCAACAUAUCUAAAGGAUAGCAUAUGUUUGUGAGGCAACCCUGGCACUAUCAUAUUCCUCCAGUCUAAUCAAAUUUCAGGAGCACAAAUGCUUCAUCAUUUUUUUCCUUGCAACUGUUCUCUAAAUGCGAAUGGAGUUGAUGAGUUAUGGAAAACUAUAAUAAUUAUAAUUGGUUACACACUGUAGCA